AUGUCGUCGCAGCAGAGAGCGAAGGGAGAAGGCACCAAUUUCAGCCUCAAGUGCAUUAAAGAUAAAAAAAUCCCCAUCGGGGUCACCGUGGUCGUAGCGGCGCUGCUUCUCACCAUCAUCGCCCUGGCGGCAAAGAAAUGCCCGUCCUGUCCAUCCUACCCUUCUCCCGUCCUUCCCGGCUGCCGGGAAAAUGGCAUCGGGUACGGGGAGAAGUGCUUUUAUUUCGUGGAGGAUGAAGCGGAUUGGAACGGGAGCGCCGUCUCCUGCCUUUCUCUGGGCGCCCAUUUGGCCACCGUCGACAGCCGGGAGGAGCUGGUAAAUGAGAAACCCCCGAGGAACUGGUUUGAUGUCCGGGGUGACGGACGAUGCGCCUACGUCCAUCAGGACGGGAUCAGCAGCGACUGGUGCUCCCGCAUGAAAUCCUCCGUCUGCAGCCACCCCCAAAAAGUGCCCCGGCGGGAUCCGGAAGGAUUCAGAAAUCCGGAAUUUCUCCUGACGUUUCCCCCCUCUCCCCUCCCGUAG